AGAUUUCAGUACACAACAUGCCCAGACGUCGUCGACCCCGUUGUAAGGUGAAACCUUUGAUUGCGCUGCACCAGGAGCCCGGGGACAGCGAUGGGAGUCAAGAUGAUCAAAACGAGAGUAAAAGCGAUGAAUUGGAUGCUCCAAUAGCUGCCAAUGAGUUCACAUCCAAUGUGAUGUCAGCGGGCAACGAUUGCGACUAUAAACUCUUUCCAGAACUGUACAAUCAACUCCCUUCUCUGCCCACAUUCGCUGAUGUUUUUGGCCAACACUCUGACGUCAUCUUUCAGGAUAAUUUGGCUGUCGAUUAUCCCGUGUCUGGCAAUCAUGUGUCAGAUAUUUUUGGCUUGUCUGGAUUAAUUGGCAAUCUGCGGGCGACUCGCAACAAUGGCAAUGCUGUGCAGUUGGCCAUUGGCGAGGAUCUGACCACAUUUGGCCUAGAUCUGGCUAGUCAGGGUGAUAUCUAUGUUCAUUUCAAUGGACCAUUUACCCAACAACCGGCGGGUCGAAGUUCAGCCAACUGUGCCCUGGAGUUGGGCAUGCGGGGAAUGCGUGAUGCCAUUAACAAUUAUCCAACGAGACCGCCAAUUUGGGAUCCCUUCGUUCCAGAGACCAGAAACUUGGGAUUGAUACUCCCCGUGCCAAAGUUCUCGCAGCAAUCACGUGAAAAAUCAGCCUAGUUUGAUGUCAAUUGGCAACUUUACAAAUUGCUGUUCUUCGUUUUUCGAUUAUUUGUCAGCCAGAUAAUAUUUCGCUUCUAAUUAAACAUAUACAACUACUUUAAUGUCCUUUCUAAAUAUAAAUCUCAAAACAUUCGAUA